UCCCCACACAAAACCCUCGCUUCCGCUGCCCAUGGCGUCGCUGAUGGACGACGUCACCGCCGAGAUCUUCCUCCGCCUCCCGCCGGACGAGCCCGAGCACCUCUUCCGCGCCGCCCUCGUCUGCAAGCCCUGGCUCCGCGUCCUCCGCGACCCCUCCUUCCGCCGCCGCUACAGCGUCUUCCACCGGGCGCCUCCCCUGCUCGGCCUCCUCCACAGGCUCCAGGUCUUCGAAGGAGACCCCGCCGCCCGCCUCGCCCCCACCACGGCGGCGCCCCUCUCCCCCUACCCCGACCUCAGCCGCACGCGCCCCCUCGACUGCCGCCACGGCCGCGUCCUCCUCCACGUGGGGGUCGGGGCUUGGCAUUUCGUCGUCUGGGACCCCGUCACGGGCGAGCAGCACCGCCUCCCGGAGCCCGGCAUCCCGUGGCUCAUCUACACUGCCGCCGUGUUCUGCGCCGUGCCGGGCUGCGACCACCUCGACUGCCACGGCGGCCCCUUUCGGGUUGUCUUUCUGGUCACCGAAGACUGCACAGAUCUAGUCAAGGCCGCCGUGUACUCAUCAGAGACGGGUGCGUGGAGCACGCCAGUGACAAUGGACGCUGGCUGCGAUGUCCAGCACAGGCGAGAUGCCAUUGCAGCUGGAUUCUACUACACACCCUAUGUCCAGCCUAGGCGGGGUGCCGUCAUUGGAGACGAAGCCUACUUCACACUUCGCUGGGGUAACCCAGUCGUCAAGUAUAACUGGAGCAAGAAUCGCAUAUCCAUGAUUGACCCGCCAACAAAGGAUGUGUACAAACCCGGUGUCAGAAAAGAGUAUGGUAACCACGUCGCCCUCAUGGUGAUGGAGGACAGUUCACUGGGGUUUGCCUGCGUUGAGGGUUCCAGCCUUCAUCUGUGGUCAAGAAAGGUGAAUGCACAAGGAGAUGCAGGAUGGGUGCACUGCAGGGCCAUCCUGCUGGAGAGUGUUAUACCUGUUGCCAGUUCUGAUGACAAACCAUUUGUGGUUGGAUGUGCAGAGGGUGUGGGUGUCAUAUUCGUCAGCACAGGUGCUGGCUUAUUCACAAUCAAGCUAGAUUCUGGGCUGGUUAAGAAGGUUGCCGAGUCUGGGGUCUACUUCAGCGUCCUACCCUACAUGAGCUUCUAUACUCCAGAUCGUGGUAGAUUUCCAUCCCUGGCGGAGAUCACUGAUGUCUGAUAUGCGCCGCUCAAGAGCAAGAGUUCAGGACCUUGCGAAAUGUGAUCUCCGCCGCUCAAGAGCAAGAGUGCAGGACCUUGCGAAAUGGACGAAGCCAUUAUCAUAAAUGUACUGCUGGUAGCUUCUUGCAGAGCUACCGCUAUCAUAUCCUUUUUAUUUUCUGUUGAGUGGGUAAAGCACGAUUGGUGCAAGUCAUUAUGACCAAAACUAGGGAUGCAGAUUUUGAAUCAUCUCGGCCGUUCGGCCAGUCCAAAAUUCAUCUAAAUGGACUAGCUUGGAUUCCGAAGCCAGAAAGGUGGAAUGGAAACCAACAAUGCUGCCAUGUGAAGCUUCUUCUUUUUUGUUUUAAAAUUCCGGAUGUUUGGGUAGCCUUUUGGACACAUAACUGGAAGGUGAUAUCUUAGGAACUCAGGGCUUAAGUCUGGUUAUUGAAUAGUUGAUCUAGUUGAUUGAACCUGUAUCGGCAGCCAUGGUAAAAGGGAGAUGAAAGUUGACCUGGAUGUCAUGUCAUGUGUUUUC